UCACUGUGUGUGUGUGUGUGUGUGUGUGUGUCUGUUUCAGGAGGUUUCCGUGGGUGACACAGAGGAUAGGAAUGUGUGAAUUCACAGCUUCAAGUCAGAUGACACUCCUCCAUUUAGGAUAGCAAUCUGUCAAUCAGCUGAAGAAACCUUCAGUCCUGUUGGCCUCCACGUCAGAAAGAUCUGGUGUGCAGUUUUGGAUGUAAUACAAGAUCCAGCCACAGGAGGCUCCCAGAAGCUUUGUGAUUCUCCAGACACAGGAAACAGAAUGGCCCUGAACCUGGAGGAUUAUUUCAAGACAGUCUUUGAGGAACAACUCUCAAAAAAGGUGCCAGGGAGGGAGAGAGAUCUGAUGACAGGUGCAACGCGUCUGCUGGAGAAACGGAGUGAAAUCACCCAGGUGGACAAACGGCUGAAGACUCACAGAGAGGAGUUUGAGCUGAAAAAGCAGAGUUUGCGACAGCAGAGAAAUGAGUUGAUGAUGAAGGAGGAGUUGCUGAAGGAGUCUCUUCUCAAGUUUGACAAAUUCCUCAAAGAAAACGAUGCCAAGCGAAGUCGCGGAGCGAAGAAAGCAGAGAAAGAGAGGGAAGCUGUCCUGCAGAAGGAGGCAGAGAUCGAGAGACUGAAGGACGAGUGUGCGAUCCUGGAGGCCCGAAGACAGAGACUGCAGGGCAGAGUGGAGAGGAGCGCUCUCUACUGGAACUUCCUGGAACAGGUCCUCCGAAUGUCCAAGUUCGAGGAGGUCUGGGAGCUGCUGGGUCGCUUCGAGACCCUGGUGACCACCAGGGACCAGCUGAGACAGAGGGAGAUCGAGGUCCAGGAGCAGGUGGACGGCCUGAGAGGAGCCCUCCAGAGAUACACGGACCAGCAGAGCUGUCUGCUGGUGCACAACAACAACCUGCUCUCCCAGCUCCAGAGCCAGCUGGACCGGGCACGCUCAGACGCUCUCCGAUGGGAGAGCAAGUGGAAUCACAUCCAGACCACAGCGGCGAAGGAGACGCUCCUAUUGGGACAGAUCAAAGUGGUGACCCUUAACCUUUAUCACAUGACGGGUGGGCAGACUCACCAGGAAGAGGGUGUGGCCAUUGACGACACAGAGGCGCAGCUAGAUAAGAUACAGCUGUUCAUCAAGGACCAGGCAGCCAUUGUGAGCCACAUCCAAGGUCAGAAUCCCGCAGAUGACAGAGAGUGAGGAGGUGAAAGAGGAUCAAGAAGAUUCCAGAACAAUUCCAGCUGACUGUGAGGAGACUGUGGGGAGAAUAGGACGUCCCACAUGUUGUGAAGGGCCUGUCGACUGUGGAGCAGGGAGGCCUGCCUGGGUUGGCAGUCUGGUUUGGGGCCGUUCCAAACACUGAACAAUCUAAACUCUGCUGCCACCAUGUGGUUGGGGAGGGAAAAUGUCUAAUAUGUGCCAAGCUCAACUUUCACCACACAAUGGUUGUGAUGGAUAUUCAUUCGAUUUUUUUAACAUAUGAAAUUCUGUAAUUUUGUAUGUUUAUUUGCAUAGCUAUUACAAUAAGAAGUUUUCCUUCCAAUUAUUAAUUUGAACUGCUUUAUAUGUUUCGAUCAUGAGAUUCAUUUCUGCAUUUUAUAAUAAACUGAACUGAAAUACAAGUAUAUAUAGUU